AUGGACUUCACAGCCACGAUCCCCGAUGAGAUGCUCUCGCAUAUCUUCUCAUAUGUCCGUCUUGAUGAACUACGCUCUACUCGUCAUCACCGUUACCGGCUGCGCCCGGCGAAGGCCAAUCUGGGAUGGAUCAGGAUUACCUUCGUCAACAGUCGCUGGCGACGAGUGGCGAUCGAUAACGCCAAUUUCUGGACGCAAUUGGACGGUUCGCUUGGCUCUGCCUGGCUUGACGAGUUCAUAUGCCGGAGUAAAAAUGCACCGCUUGCCAUCGACGAUCGCCUUUCACACGACCUAGAUGAAUCGACCUCUGCGCAUUUUUACCAUCUAAUGAAUACACAGCGCGCCCGGAUCAUAUCUAUGUGUUUAAGCUCGACGCUCAAUCAUCAUUCAUCAUUCAUUGAUCUCGAUGAGCUUGUCUCAUGCGAGUAUGAGAAUGUCGAGGAGCUCAACCUCUCUAUAUCAUACACCUUCCACACCUCCGCCGUCGUCAAUCGUUGCAAUGCAUUACUGGAAAAUAUACCUCGUCUCCUUCGUUUAUCCUUGUCUUUCCUGGCUCCAUCUCUGGAUGAGAUUGAUUGGACAACGCCCUGCUUCACCCGACUGGUAUCGCUCAACUUACACGGCGCAAGCGAGGCGUUGUUCGCCCCCAAAAUACUGGAUGCCCUGCGCCAGAUGGAUGCCCUCGCUCAAUUAUCGCUCGACGAAUCAAGCACCUCUCGCCCUUCGAUUACACCAUUAUCAUGCAACUAUCGCUGCUCAGGUACAUCCGAGGAUGUCAUACGUCUGGAACAAGCGCGUUCCAUCAGCUUGGGAGGCUCUGUCGAACUUCUCACGCAUCUACUGCGCCACUUCCAAGCACCUCCACACGCUCGCGUAGCGCUCGAGUGUCUCCCAAAAUUAGUGGUAUCUUCUGAGCAGGAUACCAGUGAUACAUUCGCCCAAGCAUUACUCGGAUUUUGCCCGUGCUCCUCUCAAAUACCUUCAUUUCUAUCGGCAUAUAUAUCUUUCAAGGGCCAGUACCUCCAGGAGACAUGCGCUAGCUUGAGUCUGAAUCGCGGCCACCGGCCGGCAUACCCCAUUAACGAGAGAGAAGAUAUACCAGAAGGCGGAAGCACGCAUGAGCCACUUCGCGGGAACGAUCUCACCCUAUCAUGGGCCGACCACGAUACAUUGGCCUCUGUCAUACAACAGCCUCAAUUCACGACCGCAGUCAAGGCUCUGACCCUGAGUGGCGCUGGCAGAUUCAAGGAACUGUCGUAUCUGUCACACUUUCCGAAUGUGGAACGCUUGUGCUUGCGGACGUCAGCUCCCGGCGAGAUCUCGCUUCACGGCCUAGGGCACCUGAUGGACGCCACAGUUUUCCCGAAGCUACGGUUCGUGGAUCUAGGCGCACAGGAGUAUACCCUGUCCGCCAUCUUCACCUGCUUCGCUCUGGAUGGACCGCAUCGUGGACUUGCAACCAAGCGCUUUCCAGCGCUUGAAGACGUGCUGGAGGCGCGGCGUGCCUCGGGCAAACCUCUGGAGGCGAUCUACCUGCAUGUAGCCGAUGAGGUAGCGCUUGUGGAGGAUGGGAGGAUGGGGGAGACGAGUUGCCCGAACUAUGAACGAGAGCUUGUGCUCGAGUCAGUGCGGCAGCUGCGAACGGUCCAGGGGGUGGAGAUAGUUGGCAAGGACUUUGACGUCUUCGGGAUGUAG